AUGCGAGAUAUUGAAAGGCAAUUGUCGCGCAUAAAUGAAUCGCUAACUUCAACAUCGUUAGGGAAAUGUUUCUUUCUUUUCCCACCAUUUGGAGCCAGUGAUCGUUUGAAGUUCGAGCACGAACUGGUUGCGGGCACGGCCAAUAUCGCCGAUGUGAUCUCAUACCUCGAAGACUGCAUGUUGCGCGAGCUAUCGUCCUGGCAGCUCAGAAUGGCCUCUCCGCCAAACACUUCCAAUCCUUCCGUGAACACUUUCUCAGAACGUACGGCUACGAGUACCUCCCGAUACUGCACAGCCUUACUUCAAAACGCCUCCUCAUCGAGAAAACCUCGACCGAUUGUUGGUGGUGCAGGACCACCCGCGCCUCCCUCUCCGUCACCCAGUGACUCCCUACCAACGCUGCCAUUCCUAAUCAAGAGACUAAAUCUUGUCCCCACGUCGGAGGAUGCGACAGUGGAUCUGCGCAACCCAUCCUCAAUGAACUACGUAUUUUCUGGUGCAUUUACGCCACCAUUUUGUCAAGUCGUCGCUAACGCAAUGGUUCAUGGUUGGAAUACAAACGAGCUGAAGAAGACAUUUGGGCGAGUCCUUGUUGAGGAGAACAGCUACAUCCCAGCUGAUCGUCGCCCAGAUAACCGUAUGAGAAAAGCAAUCCUAGUUUUCUUCCUAGGGGGUGUCACUUAUGCAGAA